GCCUUCCUCCUCAGCCCUGUUUCCCCGCAGCGCGCCCGGAGGCCUCCCCAGCGCCCGUAACUCGGUCUGUUGAAGCCACGGACGCUGCGGGGUGGAACGUGCUGGCUCGUCGGGGUCCGGGCGGACGCGAGCGGGGUCAUUGCGACUGCUUGACGGGGGCUGAAGUCUCUCGGCAUCUCGCUGCACUGAUGCUGCCUCUCCUCGUUAAAACCAUACACACCUGAGCUUGUUUUAUUCCAGAACAGUGAUGGGGAAGUCAAAUACUUGCAUGAUGCUGAAGAGCUAAUCCGCCCAGAGAGGAACACGUUAAUUGUGAGCUUUGUGGAUUUGGAGCAGUUCAAUCAGCAGCUCUCUACAACUGUCCAGGAGGAGUUCUACAGAGUUUAUCCUUAUCUGUGUCGAGCAGUGAAGACUUUUGCCAGAGACCAUGGAAAUGUUCCUCCAAACAAAGACUUUUAUGUUGCAUUCCAAGAUCUACCUACCAGACAUAAAAUUCGAGAGUUGACAUCAGCCAGAAUUGGCUCAUUGAUGCGUAUUAGUGGACAGGUGGUACGUACCCAUCCAGUUCAUCCAGAGCUUGUAAGUGGAACCUUCCUGUGUCUAGACUGUCAGACAGUGAUAAAAGAUGUGGAGCAGCAAUUUAAAUAUACACAGCCAAACAUAUGCAGAAACCCAGUCUGUGCCAAUAGAAGGAGAUUCCUGCUGGACACAAACAAAUCAAGAUUUGUUGACUUUCAAAAGGUUCGCAUUCAGGAAACGCAGGCUGAACUGCCGCGAGGAAGCAUUCCUCGCAGCGUAGAAGUUAUCCUGCGUGCUGAAGCGGUAGAAUCAGCCCAGGCUGGCGACAAGUGUGAUUUCACAGGAUCGCUGAUUGUUGUGCCUGAUGUAGCUCAGCUAUCCACCCCAGGUGUGCGUGCAGAAACUGGUUCCCGUGUCAGUGGUACAGAGGGUUAUGAAACUGAAGGAAUCAGAGGACUUCGUGCUCUGGGCGUCAGAGAUUUGUCCUAUAAACUAGUCUUCCUAGCAUGUUACGUUGCUCCAACAAAUCCACGGUUUGGUGGGAAAGAGCUCCGAGAUGAGGAACAGACUGCAGAGAGCAUUAAAAACCAGAUGUCUGUAAAGGAAUGGGAAAAGGUGUUUGAAAUGAGCCAGGAUAAAAACCUUUACCACAAUCUCUGUACCAGCCUCUUCCCUACUGUACAUGGUAAUGAUGAAGUGAAACGAGGGAUUCUACUGAUGCUCUUUGGAGGAGUUCCGAAGACAACUGCAGAAGGCACUUCAUUGCGUGGGGACAUCAACGUUUGCAUUGUUGGGGAUCCAAGUACAGCCAAGAGUCAGUUUCUCAAACAUGUAGAGGAGUUCAGUCCCCGUGCUGUGUACACCAGCGGGAAAGCCUCCAGUGCUGCUGGUCUAACAGCCGCUGUAGUGAAAGAUGAGGAGUCUCAUGAAUUUGUCAUCGAAGCAGGAGCCCUGAUGUUGGCAGAUAAUGGGGUUUGUUGCAUUGAUGAAUUUGACAAAAUGGAUAUACGAGAUCAAGUUGCCAUUCAUGAAGCAAUGGAGCAACAGACUAUAUCUAUAACAAAAGCAGGAGUUAAGGCUACUCUGAAUGCCAGGACCUCCAUUUUGGCUGCAGCAAACCCAGUUGGUGGGCGUUAUGACAGAUCAAAAUCUCUGAAACAGAACAUAAAUCUGUCAGCUCCCAUCAUGUCCAGAUUUGAUCUCUUCUUCAUUCUUGUGGAUGAAUGUAAUGAGGUUACGGAUUAUGCCAUUGCCAGGCGCAUAGUGGAUCUGCAUUCCAGAAUAGAAGAAUCCGUUGAUCGUAUCUACUCAUUAGAUGAUAUCAGAAGGUACCUGCUAUUUGCAAGACAGUUUAAACCGAAGAUUUCUAAAGAGUCAGAGGACUUCAUAGUUGAGCAGUAUAAACGAUUACGUCAACGGGAUGGCUCUGGAGUUAUAAAGUCAUCCUGGAGAAUCACAGUACGACAACUGGAAAGCAUGAUUCGACUGUCUGAAGCUAUGGCCCGAAUGCACUGUUGUGAUGAGGUUCAUCCAAAACAUGUGAAGGAAGCAUUCAGGUUAUUAAACAAAUCUAUCAUCAGAGUUGAGACUCCAGAUGUCAAUUUAGACCAAGAUGACGAACAGCAAAUGGAGGAUCAGGAGGCUGAAGAUGGAGUCAGUGAUGGUGCAGAUGCUCCAACAGGUGGCAACGGCCUUGUGAAUGGGAUCAGUGACCACUCUGAGGAUGCAAACAAAGAUGCAGCCCCAAAGGCUUCCAUGAAACUUGGCUUCUCUGAAUACCGACGAAUCUCUAACCUCAUUGUGCUGCACCUCAGGAAAGCAGAAGAAGAAGAGGAUGAUUCCUCAUUAAAGAAGAGUGAUCUUAUUAAUUGGUACUUAAAGGAAAUUGAAUCAGAAAUAGAGUCUGAAGAAGAGCUUAUAAAUAGAAAGAAGAUCAUAGAGAGAAUCAUUCAUCGACUUAUACACUAUGACCACAUUCUAAUAGAACUCACCCACACUGGGCUAAAAGGCUCCGCAGAAGGAGAGAGCUUUGAUGAAGACCCGUACCUGGUAGUUAACCCCAACUAUCAGCUGGAAGACUAAGGGUUGUAACAUACCAUAGUAGGAUUUAAUUUGUUAAUUGAAUGUUGGAAAUGCAUUCUUUGUACAUUGUUGCAAUACUCGCUGUAUAGCUAAAUUCUUAAAUUUGUAUGAACACUUUAUUGUGGUGUGGAGCAGUACUCUUAGUAAUACAUGAUUCUUCAUAGAUAUUCAGCAUUUCUGAAACGUGGUUUUAUAUAAGUGACACAUUAUAUAAUGUUUCUGUGGGUUGUUUUUUUGUUUUGUUUUUUGUUUUGUUUUUUUAAUGAUCUUCUUCCAAACAAGGCAAGGUGAGGCAACAUGAGAUCUCUUCGGCAUGGAGCUAUCCAGAUGCUUUUUUAACAGUGGGGAAAUUUGCACCAUUCUUCUCUAGUAUCUGUUAGUGAGAUUUUAUGAUGUAGAUUUUUACAAUUCUGUUUUUCCUAUUAAAUAAAUAAAAAUUUGUUAAAUGUC